AAAUUGUUGUCUCGCUCUACCACUAAUCAGAGUUACGAAAACCUAAUUUACUAUGUCUGGGUUUAGACCAGCUCAUAUGUUUGCAGAAUUAUCCAAUGACAAUCGACCUGCAACAAAAGCUCAAGAGUUAUGCACAAUGAAGCAAUUAGAAGAUGAAAUCUCCAAAGUUAAAUCUGGUUACAAGCGAGAGAUUCAAGUUUCGAGUAGUGCUGAAUUCCGCGUCAAUACCGAUAGAGCUAGAGUAAUGUUCUAUUUAUUUAGUUCCAAGAAUUCUGCUGCAGAAUCAAAAAAUAGUGUUAAUCGGAGAUUAGAUUACCUGUUACAAACUUUAAAAAAUCAUAACGUAAAAGAAACUGACAUAACUGUUAGUAAACAUUUGGAAAAACAAGAAAGCUUUUUUGCCUAUACAGUUCAGGUUAACGCGGACUUUAGCGACAUGUCAAAACAGAGCGAAGCUUGCAACUUUCUUGUAGAAAAAUUAGGCGAUUCCAUUAAACUGUCUGCUCCAACAUUUUAUCACAGUCCAGCUAAACUACAAUCGUCGAGAACUCAAUUGGGUUUAAAGGCUGUACAAAAUACAACUCAAAAGGCUAGUGAAAUUGCUAAAUUGCUGAAUUGCCAAUUGGGACAGCCAGUUUUAAUUAAAGAAACCGAACAUGAACAAUAUGAAGAGUCUACAAACUUUCAGCCUUUAGAUGGCCUUACUGUUAGGCCCUCUCCCACUAUCAUCCUUAUGAAAGCAACUUAUAUGAUUACAUAUGAGCUUUUGCCAAUUACUAGGAAAAGUUAA